AUGUUAGAUUUAAAAAGGCUCUCAGCCAUCACAAGCAACGGCUCCGAGCCCCGAGAACCCACCGCCCAAGAGAGGCACUACCUCCUGGGCUACAGGUGGAACACCCUGCUCAGUUAUAAUGCCGCAAUCAAGAAGUAUCAGAACUUCGCCCGGGAUACCGGCAAGCCAUCUUUCCGACUGCCCUUGACGGCCCAAGAUAUCUACGACUUCUGCUGCUGGGCAGGCAGGACCGCUGAAUCCUCGACAACCCACGAGAUCUCGGCGAACACACUCAGCAAGUACCUCGCCGGGCUGCAAAUGUGGCACGUAUACCACAACGCCGUGUACCCUUCAGACUCCAAGACAAAGGUGGCUACCUUCCUCAAAUCUUCGGCUUACGUUGACGCAGAGACGGAGAAGAAGCCCAAGAAGAAGCCGGUCACCAUCGAGAACCUGGUGAAGCUGACUGAAUUACUCAUCGACGGCGACCCCUUCCAAAAGGCGCUGCUGGACUUGAGCGUGGUCGCUUUCUGGGGGAUGGCCCGCUUGGCAGAGCUCACCUACAACGAAGGUAGCGGACCCCUUAGAAGAACGGCCUCACUACUGACCACAGACGUAGAACUAGUCUACAAAGAAAGGGAGAACCUCGCGAAGCUCACCAUCCGCGGCGCGAAGACGGCCGAUCCCGGCCAAUCUCAGAUCAUAUACCUCAAAGAGCUCCCUCACAUGCUCUGCCCAGUCCUUGCGGUCAAAAGAAGGUUGGCCGAAGCUGGCGGAGCCAAAACGUCCUUGUUCGGCUACACCGACCACCAAGGGGAAAGAGUCCACCUCACCAAGCCUCAGACUACCCGUGCUCUCUCCAAGAUCUGGGGAGCCUGCGGAUUCGAGGGAGUAUCCGGCCACUCCUUCCGAGUCGGUGGCGCAUCAAUCCAAGUGGCAUUAGGUGUUCCGAUCAGUGAGAUCCGCAUCAGAGGCCGCUGGGUCUCAGAUGCCUACAAACUCUACCUCCGCGACUUCACCGAGGAAGAGAUGAGGAGAACUAAUGAUCUCUUGGCUAGACUAGAAGAAUGUUGGAUGCAUUACCUAGCAACGCAGGCUCAAUUGCCCCCAGGCAACUUGAGAUCUGGGUCUAGCGUUUGCCUCACCCCCUUUUUUGGGGGUGUCUUUCUGCUCCGGGGAGUACCUCGGCUAGUCCCGGGACUCUCACGUGUUACCCUGCUCUCGACCCGCCUCCACAGCGGGAACAGCAGCAGAGUCUCACUGGAGUCUCGGCAAACAUCGCCGGGGUCCGGGUCUCAACCUUUGAGACCCUCUCCCCCCAGACCCACACACGGGAAGCUUGGGAGACCACUCCCUGGUCUCCGGGUUUCCCUAGGCGUUUCUCCUAAGAAACGCCGAACAUGUGAGCACCUAAGAGAAGCAUCACUGUGCAUUGACGGAAGGGCGGCGAGUCCCGGCCACCCGUGCGCGGCAGCCGUACGCAGCAGCCCGUUCGGCAUGAACCGUACGUGGUUCUUCCCCGUGUCCCCACAAGUCCCUAAUGGAUGGAGCAUUAGUGGAAGUGCAACGGGAACGGAGGCGUGUCCAUGGAGGACGCCGUCCCGCAGCCCGGACCUCACCCACUGUCCUGCCCUGGUGGCUGCGCACUCAGCUUCCCAGCCGCGCAGCAGGACGGAGAACUCCAGGAGGUCCGUGCGUAGAGGGGAAGAGCCGCAACCUAACACGGUUUCCCUUCCAACCCCCCGUCAGUUCCUCCUCCUCCCUCACCCUGGAACCGACUACCUUACCCUUUCACCUGCACCAACCCCUAAUCUUGGAUCCCCUCAUCCCUGUUUCUUUUUCGACACCUCCCACCCGCCCUACGAUACACAGCCACAGCUAGACCCACGCUAG